AUGGCGAGGUCCAACGAUAUCUUUUAUACUUUCCCUCAGCAUUAUUACGGCUACCAGGAAAUGAAAUUUGCCACGGAACAUGUUGCAAUGUGGUUGAAGGAAAAUGUGAAAGAGGAGCGCCAUAAGGUUAUAAUAAGUCUCUCGGAACAUCCUCUCGACGUAUGGCAAUACGCACAUUGCGCCGAACUCCUCAAAGUCUCGGUAGCUCCCAAGAUCAUGAUCUCCUUCUCAAUCGGGUUUCGACCUCACUACGCUAUCUGGGCACGUAUGCAAAGGGUCGAGAGCGAAUACUUACAGAUGCUCAACGAUGGUCACAAUUGGACCGAUGAGACGUGGAAGGACUUCCGAAGCCAUGUUCACUUCCUCCAAGAACUAAUGAGGGCUCAUGACAUUCUGCUGCGCCCAAUGACCGGUGACUCUAUGCGAUGCCCCAGAAGCUGGACCUGUUGGCAUAGACCUAGGCGAAUUUGUAGUGUGGAUUUCCCAUGGAUUGACUGCACGAGAGACAAGUUGGCUCUGAGACGGGCAGAAGAGCUUGCUGAUUGAAUGGUAGCUUUUUUCUGAGUAAACCAGAGCGGAAAUCAUUGGGCUGCUUUGUUUUUGUUGCGGGAGGAAUCGGAUUGUUGCUCAAUUUACAUGCUUGCGGGUUGUUGUUUC